AUGCGCAAUGACGAAGCGCAGUCCACUCAAAGGAAGGGUGGUCUACAGCGGCUGAUUACUGAUUAAAGCAAUAACCACCACACCUGUAUUCAGUUCAGUUCCUUCUGUGCAUUGCUUUCAUGUGGAAAUACAAAACAAUGAGAAGGCAAUGAAGAAAUAAAACACAAAAACAAAAUGUGUGAACUUUUGAACAGCGUCAUAGGAUCCUAAUCUGGACUGAAGAAAUUAAUUGCAUUUUAAAGCUAAUGUUCAAAGAAAGAAUAAAUCAGAUUUUAAAACGUUUUUUUUUUUUUUUUUUUUUUUUUUUUUUAAACUGUAGGUUACAUCAGAGUGGGUGGGAGAUGGGUUGGUCGGACAGAUCCAGACACUGUAUAAAUGAAAGGAGAGCAGAACAAACUUCUAACUGGAGGAGACUCACUCAUGGCCUAUGAGACAGAGGAUCAUGAGACUCAAUACUGCUUUCCUGCCAUCAACUCAUCAUGUAUCAAGGGAAAACGCUCCAGAUAUGAAUACAAUAUCAUGUAUGUGUUUGUAUCAUUGCUGUCAGCAUGGACUGUGUUUCUGAACCUGCUGGUGAUCAUCUCCAUCUCUCACUUCAAGAAGCUUCACACUCCAACAAACCUGAUUAUUCUCUCUCUGGCUGUGGCUGAUGUUCUUAUGGGACUUGUCAUGCCCAUAGAGGGCACCAGGCUGAUUGAGACAUGUUGGUACUUUGGAGACACUUUCUGUAGACUGUUUGUUGUAAUCAUUGGAUUGCUCUUCUCAGCAUCUCUCAGUAAUUUAGUUUUAAUUGCUGUUGAUCGUUAUUUGGCUCUCUGUCACCCUUUACUGUACCCACAGAAAAUAACCACAACUAAAACUUUAGUGAGCAUCUUUCUCAGCUGGGUUUGUUCCUCAGCUUAUUACUCUACCAUUGCAAUUAAUAAUGUACAUUUAGACACUUCACACAGAACAGACAGGUGCUAUGGAGAGUGUUCUUUUACUAUGGGUUUUGCCUGGAUAGUCACUGAUCUGUUCAUUGGUUUUAUUUUUCCUUGUACCCUGAUCAUAACUUUGUAUUUGAGGAUUUUCUAUGUUGUACAUCAGCAAGUGAAAGUUAUUAAUUCUCUAAAGGGUGGUAAACGUGUAAUGGAAGGUUCAGUGAGGAGGAAAUCUGAGAGUAAAGCUGCUCUGACAUUAGGAGUCAUUGUGACAGUUUAUCUGCUUUGCUUUAUUCCAUACUAUAUCUGUUCUAUGUCAGUAACCUCUUCCACAACCAUAAAUAUUUUGACAUGGGUUUUGUAUGCAAACUCAGGUCUGAAUCCUCUGGUCUAUGCUUUAUUUUAUCCCUGGUUUAAAAAGACAGUUAAACACAUCCUAACUUUGAAAAUAUUUCAGCCAGCAUCCUCUCUGGUCAAUAUUUUUACAGAAAAUUAA